CUUAACGGUUAAGCUUUGCACCAAACUGCUUAUAAAUCCUCAGAGACAGGUAAAGCAUGUGCUAAAAUAGCUAGUAAAUCCUAAACAAGGUGUAGCAUUUCUAACACUGAAAGAAAAGUGUUUCUUUGAUAUCACAGGUUUAAAGAUAACCCGUGACCUGUUUCUACACACAUAAAAAUAAGUCCUUACAAUAUGUAUAUGUAAAUAUACAAGUAUAGUGGGUACUGACUGGAUUGUGUUUUUUUGAAAUUUCUUCAUAACUUGUGUUUUUGUGCCAUCAGCUGAAAAUGGAUCCAAGCAUCCUCAAUUCUGGGCACAUCAUUGACUCCAUAGGUACAGAGAAACAGAAACACAUUGUUGCAAAGCUAAUCCACUUAUCUCCAGAAAAGCAGGAUAACCUAAACAAUUUUAACCUCAGCCUAUGUGAAGAAAAGAUUCAAGAAUUAAUUAACUUAAUUCAAAGCCCAAAUGGAGACUUUCUGAUAACAGAUGUACUCUGUGAGCUCACGCUACUUUAUCAGCUUAAAUCCCAAAUAAUAGCUAAACAGUACUCUGAGUUAGAAGCCAAAUAUCAGAUGAUCUGCCACAGAGUAAGUGCUGCAAACAUUUUAUUGUCAGGAGCUGACAAGAUCAAAGACCCAUGUGGCCAGACUGACCAUGCCUCAGAACAAACGGUGACCCCCUUCUUUGAGGAGCUAUGCAAUAAACAAAGCAAGCAGACUUUGAAUCAGCAGGAGGUCACCCCAGUUGAAAGGAGGACAGUUCCUGAAGCAGAUACAAAGUCCCUGAACUCUGAGUUAACACUAAAUAGAUCUGAAGGUGUUCAAAGUCAAAGUAGUGUCGCAGACAAAGUGAAACAAGAAGAUCACUUGGUAAACUCAAGCGGUUUAAAAUUUUGCAAAGGACAGCCAUGCAAACCAAUCUCUGUCUCACACUCCGUUGACCGAGCAUCAAGUGCCAAAGUUCACAGCUUGAAUAACUCCAAGGAGAACCAGUCUCCCUUGUGUCAUCAAAGGUUAGCUCAAAACCCCCAACCACUUAAUGAGCAGAACCAGCUUCCUGACGGGCCAGGUCCACCGAGUGACCAUAGAAUUCAAAAAAUUGAGUCCGUGGCCAAAGAAAUUGAUAUUUUUGACCCAGAAAAUCAAUACUCCAACAUAAUGGAUUAUCUGCAAGAAGUUGAGCACUGUCUAAAAGACUUGCCAUUUCCUUCUUCUCGUGAGAAAUUGAAGCAGAUUUGGAAAACAACAGCUAGAAGCGUCCAUGUUUUCAUAAAAUCUCUUCCUCCAAAAAUCAGAGAAAGUUAUUCAGCUCUUUGUCAAGCCUUAAGAGAAGAAUAUUCUGGUUACAGAGGUCUGGCGUUAGCAACGCUUGAGGCAUCUCUAGUUCUCCAAGGAAAACAUGAAACACCCAGAGAAUAUUACUUUCGCUUGAGACAGGUUUAUUUUGAGGGCUGCAGUUCUCCAUAUAUUGACGAAGAAGAUCACACAUUUAAAGCAUGGUUCAUCCAAAAUCUACAUAAGAGUGUAUGAUAUGAUGUAGCAAUGCAUUGCAGGAUAGAGAACCUUUCUAUGCAGGAAACUCGCAGAUAUGCUCAGCUUGUUUGGGAAAUACGCCUCAAAUCAGAUAGAUUUCAAAGCAAGCUUAGAGUCUUUAACCUUCAAAGAACAGGACCAGAAACAGACACAGAUUCAGUUCCCCAGUGGUUCACCAAGAUGAAGGUCAUAAGCCUUCACAUCACAAUGCAAAACCAAAGGU